AUGAAGUUCUUCACCCUUGCCGCUGCUCUUGCCUCUGUGGCCGCUGCUGCCCCGUCUGCGGCUCCAUCUCCUUUGGACGUCAAGAUUGAGUCCGCUGGUAGCUCGGGCGAGGUCAAGGCGACCAUCACCAACACCGGCAAGGACAACCUCAAGAUCUUCAAACACGGCACCAUCUUUGACAAUGCUCAUACCGAGAAGGCGACCAUUGAGGCCAACGGCAGCAAUGUCGAGUUCCAGGGUCUUCGUCUCCGUCUCAGCACUGAGAAACUGACCGACGAGGACUUCCAGAAGAUUGAUGCCGGCCAGUCGAUCGAGGUCACCUUUCACCUCGCCGAGACGCACGACCUGUCCGCCGGCGGCAAGUACUCCGUAUCCUCUACCGGCGUGCUGUCCUACGCGACCGAGGCCGACAACAAGCUGAUCGGCUCCGUCUCGUACACCUCCAACGCCAUCGAGGCCGAGAUCGACGGAGCCAUCGCCGCGGCCGUCCACGGCGCCAUCCAGGCGCGGUACGAGAAGCGCACGCACGUGCAGAGCGACUGCACUGGCAGCCGCCGCACCGGCACCAUCAACGCGCUCAAGAACUGCGUCGCGCUGUCCACGCGCGCCGCCGACGCCGCCCGCUCCGGCCCCGCCGCCAAGGUCGAGGAGUACUUCAAGUCGUCCUCCUCGAGCACGCGCAGCACCAUCGUCAACGUCCUCAACAACGUCGCGCAGGAGUGCGGCUCGACCGACGGCGGCGCCUCGCGGUACUACUGCACCGACCAGUUCGGCGGCUGCGGCGACCGCGUGCUCGCGUACACGCAGCCGUCGCGCAGCCUGCAGGUCUACUGCGACCUGUACUGGGACGACCUGCCGGCGCUGACGAGCGCGUGCCACCGCCAGGACCAGGCGACGACGACGCUGCACGAGAUGACGCACCUGCGCGAGGUGGCGGGCACGGCGGACAAUGGCUACGGCUACGACAACAUCAGGAAGCUGACGACGGCGCAGAGCCUGAACAACGCGGACAGCUACGCCAUGUUCGCCAACGCCAUCUACUCGGGCUGCUGA